AUGGAUCCCGAUGAAAUGCUUACUGUGCCCUGCUGCCCCCUUGACUCCACCACUGGACUCGAGACUGGAGCCCCAUGGGGGAUUGAAUUUGGUCCCAGAAGAGCCAUACGUCGCUGUGCCCGCUGCCACAACCACGGCAUUACUGGCCAAAUCAAGGACCAGGAGCACUUGUGCCUCUUCCAGGCCUGCGAGUGUCACAAGUGUGUCCUCUUCUCGGAACACUGCAGCAUCUUGCCUGCUGAGAGUGCCUUGAAGACAAUGCAGGAGCUGCACCUAAAGAGGCAACUGACUCAAGGACUGAUAAAGAGUGGGACCACCUCUCCCAAAGCUCACAGCCAUGUCAAGAAGUCAUCCAUUCAAACAGGAGUCCUCAGCAAGCUCCCAAGAUGCUCUGCUGAUCGGUCAGGCAUUGGAAUUUUUGUCUCUGUCCUGGACUCCAGCACCCUUGAAGAAGCAACUAACAAUUUCACUUUCCAGGAAGUCACAGAGGCCCCCUGCCCUGCCCAGCAGGCUCCUAAAACUUCUGACCAGGACUCAGAUUCUGCCUCCUUAGAGUGGCAGCGGAAGCUGGAAGCGGCUGAGGCUCUGCUGACUCUGAGAGAAUCCUCCCAGGCUCCUUCUGGGCCCACCCCCCUGCUCCAGCCCAGUGCUGCACCAGCCAAGCCCCUCAGUCUGACGCUUCAGGUGUCAGUAGACGGUCGUUCAGUGAAUCAUCGAUUGAUCGAGCUCUGUGCUCAACAAGCAAAUGUCCAGUACCCUGAUGUCAAGAAAUAA